AUGUACGAUGCCACCGGCGUUCGUCUCCACGCGGGCCGCCAAGCGGAGGUUUUGAAUCAGCUCAUCGUCGAGCUCCCUCGAGAUCACCCGCUGACGGAUAGCAGACCUUUGCGAGAUUCUCUCGGCCACACGCCGGUGCAAGUCGCCGUCGGGGCGCUUUUAGGAAUGGUGGUAGGAUACGCGCACUUUAACAUGUGGUUGAUUAGUCAAGGCGUGGAUUUGUGA